AAGUGUCGGAGCUGACGAGAACUUACCAGGAAGUGUAUCAGAUUCAUCAGAAUGUGGGGAUCUGUCGAAUCUUGUACGUUUGAGUAUAGUACAUGGACUAGAGAUUUACUGGUGUUUUGACUGCUGGGUGUGGAUCUUUUUGUACACACUAAUCUAGACUUUACUUGAGUUGGAUCCUGACUUGACUACAAGACACAGAGAUGUUUCCCCGGGCCGUGAGGAACGCGAGCCUUGUGGUCGUUGUUUGCUGUUUGUGUCUCCUGCAGUGUGAGGCUUGGCAGGCCGGGCUGAGGAGAUGGCGGCGUCAGACCUCAGGUCAGGACCUGGGCCCCACAGAGGAGGGAACUAGCAUCUCCCGCAC